UUCUGUCAUUUUUUGUUGCAUCAAAUGCUACACAAAAGAGAUUUUCCUCUCAUGUCAUCAUCAAUUGCUAUCCCAAACAAUUAUCCUUCUUAUUCCACUUAGAAUUCUUGAAGAAAAUGAUGAAUUUGAUCUUUUAAGGGAAUUUAAAAUAAAUUUAUUUACUUCUGCAAUAUAGAUUAUAGUUCACCCUCCUCUCCUCUACCUCCCCAUAGACACAUGCGCACAUUUUGCGUCAUUUCCUGACUACUAUUUUUAAAGAAGUAAAGAUUGAUUUAUGAUCAAUUUUUCUCAAGUACAAUUGUCUUCAGCAAUCUAAGUGCAAAUAAUAUGGUCGCUUUUCUUUCCAGACAAUUAUUUAUAAAAACAUACUGUAUUUGUUAUAUAUAUAUAUUUUUAAUAACAUACUGGAGAGUGCCGGGUAUAAUUAAAACAAUCCCCAAAACAAAACAGCUCAUAGCUUUUCUUUUUGAAAUAGCCUUAUUAAGGUAUCUCACUCCUGAAUUUGGUUGUAUCAAGAAUUUCUCAAGAAGUAUAUCAUUGAAAUCUACCAGUAUAGACAAAACAUACUUUAAAAAUAAGAAGAAAAAGGUAAAUCAGUGUUCAUUCCUCUGAGUUGGGUGCAUUUAAUCUAACCAUCUUAAACUUACAAUGUGUUUCAAGUAUUGCAAAAUUUGAUUUCAGACUAUAUAUAUGCUCUGUUUUUUGCUGAAAUGUAGUGCCAAUAUGGAUGGGUUGAAGUUUUUUAAAAAAAAAUUUGCAUGUUAUCUUUAUAUGCAAAUUUUUUAUUACACAUUGAAAAAAGUAUGGCAAAGUACGGACACAAGUUCCAGUCCAGAGAUGAUACACAGCCUGCAUUAUUAAACACAGGAAACAUACCCCACAUUUUAAAGAGCAUGUGAAAUAUCAGUAAUUGAUGGUACUUCGUUGUACCAAAUACGCUUUUAGUCCAAAAUUCCAACAAAUGCUUUAUUUCAAAAGCCUUCAUAUCUAGAGCAGUCAGGGUGUAAAAUAUCCACUAAAGUAGAUAUAAACUAGCUGAACUAAUAGGAGUUUCAAAAUGCCUUCUUUGGUUCUCUAUUCAAUCUGGUUUUUAAAUUUCCAGCAGAAAGACACAGACUGAAUAAUUAUGCAAAUAACAAAGGUAUUCUAAUCACAUGACCACAGACUCUGACAGCCUUCCUGGAGACGACCGGUACAUGCAUUGACAACAAUUCUCUUGAAUCGGCUAUUCUCUACUUCUGAGCAACCCUUAAUUACAACAUGCCUCCCCGUAGGAGAACCAAUAAGGAGCCACGGAGCAGUGCCCAGGAAGCAGUGUACUGUGACCUAUGUGAGACGGCCUUGGUACAGAUGCACUGUGACACCUGCGACAGAAACUUUUGCACCGCCUGUGUAGGGGAACACAUGGCAUCUGAUGAAUUGUUUGACCAUAGAGUUGUCAAAUUUCGCUCCAUGAAUUCCAACCCUCUUUACCCUGAUUGUGCAUCUCAUGACAAAGAGCUAUGUGCCAUGUAUUGCAAUCAUUGUGAAAUUCCUGUCUGUCUCUCUUGCCUUACAACAGACCAGCAUUCUGCUCAUGAUUUAUCUAAAAUUCUAGAAGUUCUAGAAGAAAAGAAAUCACAGAUUUCCAAUGAUAAAUCUGAACUGAAGCAGACAAUCUAUCCUACUUAUCAGCACAUUGCAUCUGAUAUACAAGGCAUAAUUACCCAGUUAGAGAAGGGAUAUCAAGAUCUAAUAACAGCCAUAACAGAACAUGGAGAAUACUUGCACAAAGAAAUUAACAAACUCAUCAAAGGACAUAAAACAAAAGCUAAAAAGAUGAAAGCAAAGCAGAUGCAGAUUCUGCAGAAACAUCUGGAUGAAGUCAAAGAAAAACUCAGCAAUAUAAAGGAUGAAAUGCAUCUAUUUGAUAAUGUUUUAGACUCAAAUGAUAUUUCAAGACUUGAGAAUGUUGAAGGCAAUGUAGAAAAAUACAGAAAACUUCCAGACAAGAUUGUGCCAUUCUUACCCAAGUUCAAUCCAAGAAAGGUAUUUGAGGCCACACUUUGUGAACUGCUUGGAAAUUUGUCAUCAUUUUCAUAUUCUUCAGAUGAAUCUGGCUACUGUUUUAGAAAAGAGGAUGAUUUCCCUGCAGCUGAAUCCUCUCCUCAAGUUGUCAGACUACUCGAUGAGCCAAAGAUAGUUGCCACUAUACAAACCGAUUACAAACUCUUGAAAAAUGUAGCUUGUCUGAGCGGUGACAGCUUCUGGACAUGUGGAAAUGGCAACAUCAUGAAACUCUACAGUAUAGAGCAGGACUUAAAACUGAAGUCAAUCAAAACCUUAUCAGGAUGCACUACAGCAUCUAUAACAGUCACACCAAAUGGAGAUUUUGUUUUUGCUGAUUAUGAAGAUGAAUCUGUAAAUAUUGUGAAAAAUAAAAAGAUAGAGACAGUGAUCAGACUACAGGGGUGGAGACCUCGCGGUGUCUGUGGUACCUCCUCUGGUGACCUCCUGGUUACCAUGGUCAGUGAAGAUAAAGAACAAUCAAAAGUCAUGGGUUAUUCAGGCUCCACAGAGAAACAAAGCAUUCAAUAUGAUGUUGACGGCCAGCCUCUGUAUCAAUGCGCUGUUUACAUCACUGUAAAUAGGAACCAAGAUAUCUGUGUGACUGACCACAGAGGCCGAGCAACCGUUGUUGUCAACAAGGCCGGGAAGCUGAGAUUUCGGUAUAAAGGAGGAAGUCAUAUUGGAAGGAACGAGCAGUUCUAUCCUCAAGGAAUCACCACAGACAGUCAGAGUCACAUCCUUAUUGCUAAUACUGGUUAUGGCAGCAGUAGUAAAAACUGCAUCCACAUUAUAGACCAGGAUGGACAGUUUAUCAGCUACAUUGACUGUGGACUGGAUAGUCCAUGGGGAAUAUGUACAGAUACUGAUGAUAAUCUUUUUGUUGCUGAGUAUUCAGGCAAAAAAGUGAAGAAAGUCAAAUAUCAACAGUGUACUAAUGACAUUGAGACAAUGGUAUAAAAACUAAAA